AUGUUCUGUGUCCGAGAGGAAGGCUCUGCCCAGCGGCUCUGCGGGCUGAAGAUGGCGGACGAAGAGAGCAGUCUCGGAACGGCCUUUUCAGGCACCUCCGGUAUGGACGAACCUGCCGCCAAAAGGGCGAAAAUGAGUCCGGUGACUAAAGUCGCCGAAGCAGAUCCAUUCUCGUGUGUUUCUGGCGCCGCGGAGAGUUGUGAGGCGGCAGGGAGUUGUGCGCAGCCAGCGGAGAAGGAAGCGAAGCCGGUGAUGGCGGUGGAGCAGGCCGCAGCGGGAGCGCCAGGCGGAGACAACAAUGGACUGGGACUGCUGCUCUCCCAGUCGUACAGACCGGCUUUGAGACUACGCGACUGCGCUGCACUCGGGACAACGGAGGAAGGUGCUGAUUUUCUUGGGCAUGACGACCUUCCCUCCAACGGCCUGGCUGUCACACCGGACCACAUCACAGAAGAAGAUGACAGAUCAUCACAUGCAAGCUCCAGCGACUGGACCCCUCAACCACAGAUAGGUUCAUACAGUUUCAUCCAGCAACACAUCAGAGAGACCGACCCGAGGACCAUUCUGAGGGAGCUGCUGCCUGAGACUGUACUCCCACCAGAUUUAGACGACAUGACGUUGUGGCAGAUCAUCAUCAACAUCUCCGAACCACCAAAGAGAAAGAAGCGGAAGGAUAUCAACACCUUGGAAGAUGUAGUCAGGCUACUCCAUGACAGUAAAAGGAUCCUUGUGCUGACGGGUGCUGGGGUGUCCGUUUCAUGUGGAAUACCAGACUUUCGCUCCAGAGAUGGAAUAUAUGCGCGGCUUGCUGUAGAUUUCCCUGAUCUUCCAGACCCUCAAGCUAUGUUUGACAUUGAAUACUUCAGACGGGACCCAAGGCCAUUUUUCAAGUUUGCUAAGGAGAUCUACCCGGGUCAGUUCCAGCCUUCACCCUGCCACAAAUUCAUAUCUAUGCUGGAUAAGCAGGGGACACUGCUGCGCAAUUACACACAAAACAUUGACACAUUAGAACAAGUGGCUGGAGUUCAGAGAAUUAUCCAGUGUCAUGGGUCUUUUGCAACUGCUUCCUGUCUUGUCUGUAAACAUAAAGUGGACUGUGAAGCUAUAAGAGAAGACAUCUUCAACCAGGUCGUCCCUCAUUGUCCGCGGUGUCCAGAUAUUCCUCUGGCAAUCAUGAAACCAGAUAUCGUCUUCUUUGGAGAGAAUCUUCCAGAAAUGUUCCACAGAGCCAUGAAGCAGGAUAAAGAUGAGGUGGACCUCUUGAUUGUCAUUGGCUCCUCACUUAAAGUCCGACCAGUUGCCCUCAUCCCAAACUCCAUUCCUCAUGAAGUGCCUCAGGUCUUGAUCAAUAGGGAGCAGCUGCCACACCUCAACUUUGACGUGGAGCUACUUGGGGACUGUGACGUCAUCGUCAACGAGCUCUGUCAUCGGUUGGGCGGGGACUUUGAGCAGCUCUGCUACAACACGGCAAGACUCACGGAGAUCACAGAGAAACCCCCUCGGUUACCAGAACAGCCACCAAGCGAGGCCUUGUCUGCUUCCAGUGACGCAGCACAGGAGGAGCAGAAGCAGCACAGUACAGACUCAGUAAUUAACCCUCCAGAGGAGACAGAAUGUCCGAAUAUCACAGAGACUGCUGGUAAUAACAUUACACCUCCAGAGCCUUGUCCAAACGCUCAGUGUCCUAGCGAGGAGACGGCAGAGCCUUCAGAGCUACCAGCAGAAGAAACACCAAAAGAAGAGGCAGCGGAAGUGAAGAGCCAAACCUCUAACCUCGAAUUUCGUAGACGAUGCUGGAUGAGUCGAAUCAACAGGAGUCCAAUCAGUAAACGCCUCGAGACAGGCCAGUACCUGUUCCAAGCACCAAAUCACUAUAUCUUCCACGGAGCAGAGGUUUACUCCGACUCCGAAGAUGAGACGUCGAGCUCCUGCGAGAGUGACAGCGAGGAGUCUGAAUGCAGUGCAGAUGGGCCAGAAGAAGAGAGCGAGCCGGAGGAAGCCAGCUCACUAGAAGAGAGACACAAUACAACAACUGAACACACUUUAGCCAAUGAGGCCACAUCAAGUGUGCAGACAGACAGUUCUUCUGAAAAGACUCAGAGCACAGCACACCUUUAAAUGUAAAGUACCCAGUCGACAAAGCACUAAUUGUCUUUUUUAUAUAUAUAUACAUAUAUAUGUAUAUAUAUAUAUAUAUAUGUUUCGUAUAUUUUUGACUCAUCAACCUUACUAUUAUUUUUCAUAAAGUUGAAAUUGCGUGACAACUUUGCGUGAAUAUGCAGUAAUUUUUUCCUCCUUGUUUUUCUUUGUGCCCAGAUUGGUCACAUGCAUUGUGUCUGAAACUUCAUACUGUAUACUACUUACUAAAUAGAAUGCAGUAGUUAUUAUUUUAUUUUAUUUUUUAUUUCUUUCAAUGUGGUCAUCUCAUCUUGCAUUCACAUUUAUAGAAAUUUAGCUGCUUUUGUCUACUGCGGCUUAGUACAAGUGUAACAGUAGAUCAAGCUUUAACUCUUCAAUUGCAGCCAUUGCAAGCAAAACAAAUCAAAUGUCAAUCUCAGUCUGUAGUGUGAUCUCAACUGUGGUCUAAUGUGUUUUACAGUUGGUUCAUGUUACAAUUGCAAAACAUGUAAAUAUUGUAAGCCUACUGCCUGCUAAAUAGUGGGAACUAAUGAGUUUCAGACACAUACAUAAAUUAUCUUCAGACGGUUUACUUGAACACGUUGUCAAACCUGCAAUAUAAAUGGUUCAGCUCUGCCCUCUCAUGAGGGUAAAUGCUGGAGUAAAGGAACAGUACUCUUUAAUUUUUAGACCAAAGAACAGUUCACUGACACGCUCUUACGUUGUCAUAAGCUUUGUAUGUUUAUUCUGUCAUUUAAAUCUCGGAAAAAAUAUAAUUAUUGACAAGGUGUUCCUUAUGACAUGUGGCAGCUACUUUUUAUGGUCAAGCCUCUUAUUUUUAUACUCUGAUGUGAGACAUACUCAUCAAAGAGUAGAUGAUAGUUUUUAUCUGUACAAAGGUAUACUGAGUUGUAAUAUUAAGCCUUAGGAUUAUAUUCAAUGAGUUCACAUUGAAAAAAAUGGCACCUUUUGAGGAGUCUGCUGCCUGUAAAGAUCAAGUGUUAGCAGGUAGACAUAUUUGAGCCUGUUGGAUUCAUGUGUACGCCAACAUAAUUCAC